AUGGUCGGUGGGAAUGCUAUGCAACAAGAGAAAGUCAAAACUGUCUUCCAGGAAUGGGUGAAGUGUGUUAAUGUCAAGCUCACCUUUGUCGCCAACAGCAACACUGCCAUUCGUAUCAAUUUCGAUACUCGCUCGGGCUCUUGGCCUCAACAACGCCAACGAGAACACAAAGAAAACAAAGAGGAUGGUGACGUCGAGGGUCACAGUACCCCUGCCGAUUUGUUGGCCAGCAUCUGCUCUAUAAGUAAAGAACACUGCACGAAAUACAGCAUCGGGGUGGCAGGUGUUUUGAACAAGUAUGGAAAGCACAGUUGGGCUCGAUACCCCGCACUUUGGACCUCAAAACACGUCGAUUCUAGAUCUAUGCCAAAUCCUGACCCAAGUGAUAUAGCUGCACUCGAUGAGAUACCUACGAAAGCUCGUGACACCGAGAUUGAUCAGGUUGCUGAAGCCGCUCGUUCCGAGCUCAGAAGACAAGCGCGAGAAACAACGAAGAAAAGGAGAAGCCACAUCGGCCAGACAGCCAAGAGGUUAUGGAUACCGACGAGGAGAAAGCCAAGGAAGCGAUGA